UAAAACCCCGCACGAGCACAGACAGCAGAGAGUUUUCGUGAAGAGACUUGCUGCGUCCAGCUUGAGAGCACCCGUCACACAAACACCACAGCCUACGGAAAACUUUUCUCGAGCGAGCGAACGAACGCCAACACUGACAACCCUAACCUACUCUAUUCACUCUUUUUUUCUUUCCUUGCGUAUUUUUAUUUGAAUAUUUUGCUUUUUAUAUAUACAAUACAAUACUCUUUCACUGUUCAUCUUAUAGAUAAGUGUUUCAGUUUGGAAUGGCGAUUGACGGUAGUUUCAGCCUCUAUUCUUCGCUUCGGAGAUUUCUCGAUCGCUGCCCCAAGCUCCAGAGUUUUCCGCAGUUUGAGUCGCUCGUACAGAAGGGAGACUUGGUCAGGGAAGAGGAAGUAGUUAGUGUUUUAGUUGGAGUGUUUCUGCACCCCAGUUAUACAAUUCCAUUGAUGGGAUGUUUCCGUCCAAUGGCUCGACUUAUUGUUGAUAAGGCUGUUGCAUUGCUUCGUCUUGUGCCAAAUUUGAGGUCUAAUCCUGAGGAUACUUCUGCUGAAGAAGAUCGUGACAGAGUUUUGGAUGGAGUUGUGAAUGUCAUAGAGUUUUAUAGUCAACAGGGAAGGGGUCUUGAUCUUCAUGAGCUUGCUUGUCUAGCCUUCUGUAGGGCUCUUGACAUGGAUUCAUUUCUUCUGAGCUCUAUAUUAAGCUAUUUCAAUUUUGCUCCUGCUCCAUUUGAAAGAUUUUCGGUGAAACAAGUUACGGUUGAGACCCAUGAAUUGCAUGUUGCCCAAAUAUCAUACCGCCUCCUUCUAAUGGAACCUGAAAUUUUCUCUAAGCGUUGGGACUGGUCUUGUUUUCUGGAACUCGUAAAAGACCCAUGCAAACCAGAUCUUACAUGGUGCAUGGUGCAGAUAUUAAGAGUUUUGCUCAAAUUAGGCUAUAAAGCUGUUGAAAACUUAAAUAUUGGAGCUGAGGAAGCAUUUUCUUGUCUACUGCGUUGGGAAGAGUUCUGUCAAGACACCUCACUCGAGAAAGCUGGUUGGUGUGUUGAGCCAAUACCAGACUAUGUGUCUGAUUCUCCAGAUAGAAGUAUGGAUUUCAAUAAUGAGAACUGUUUAAAAUCCUUUGGCUUUAAUUAUCUUCCUGUUAAUUCACCAAAACUUCACGAGUUACAACCACCUUUUAAGAGGCAGCGGCUUACCACAAGGGAUGAUGUAUCAUUAAGUAACACAUUCAUAUUAACCUCAGCGGUGAAGAGAAGUUAUGAUAGAGUUCUUUUAGCAGUGAGUCAGAAGUGGCCUGUUCUUUUAUAUGGUCCCUCUGGUUCUGGAAAAUCUGCUCUGAUUGCCAAGCUGGCUCAGGAUAGUGGAAACCAAGUCCUAUUUAUCCAGAUGGAUGAUCAAAUUGAUGGUAGAACAUUAGUUGGAGCUUAUGUCUGUACAGAUAGACCUGGGGAGUUUAGAUGGCAGCCUGGCUCGCUUACCCAGGCUGUGCAGAAUGGCUUGUGGAUUGUUUUUGAGGAUAUCAACAAAGCACCUUCUGAUUUACACUCUAUAUUAAUGCCUUUAUUGGAAGGGGCCAGUUCAUUUGCAACAGGACAUGGGGAGGUAGUAAGGGUGGCUGAAAGUUUUAGAAUGUUUUCAACUAUUGCUGUUUCUAAGUUUGACACUUCAGAGAGUGCAGGUCAAAAUUCACUUGGUGUUUUUUGGAGACGAGUGAUGAUUCCGGCACUGGAUAAUAAAGACUUGCAACAGAUAAUCAAAGUGAGGCAUCCAAAUUUGGAUCCUCACAUUGGAAAACUCAUAGAAACCUUUGAAAGGGUUAACUCUAUUUCCAUGCUUCAAGUUGUGGGUUCUCUUCCGGGAAGUUCUGCUUCUGUUUAUUGCCCCUGCAGGUUCUCAUUAAGGGAUCUCCUUAAAUGGUGCAAAAGGAUUGAAGGUGUUGGUUUUUACUUUGAUGGUAGCUUAUCAGAAAACCAAUGUUUUAGUGUGUAUAAAGAGGCUGUUGAUGUAUUUGCAUCCUUUUCAUCUUCAAUUAAAAAUCGUUUGUCAAUAAUGAAAGAGAUAGCAGAGUUGUGGAAAGUACCAGUUUUUGCUGCUGAGGCCUUGUAUCCCUGUGACAAACCUAUAAUUCAGGAUUCUGUCACAGAUUUAAAAAUAGGCCGAGUUUCCCUCCAUAAAAAUUCAUUACAACAUAAUAAAAGACCUUUUGUUGAGAUCCGUAGUUCUCUGCAUGUUUUGGAGCGAAUAGCUUGCUCUGUCAAGUUUAAUGAGCCUGUCCUCUUGGUUGGUGAAACUGGUACUGGGAAGACUACAAUUGUUCAAAAUUUGGCUUCAAGGCUUGGUCAAAAGCUUACUGUUUUUAACCUGAGUCAGCAAAGUGAUGUUGCUGACUUACUAGGGGGUUUUAAGCCUACGGAUGGUCUGUCUGUGUAUUUGUCCCUUUAUGACGAUUUUAUGUCUCUCUUUACCAAGACAUUUUCAAAAAAGAAAAAUGAAGACUUUCUUACUAAAGUACGUGCGUCGUUAGGAAGUCAUCGACAAAAGUUUUUAAUUGAUAAGAAUGGGGAAGUUCUAUUGAAAAAUUUGCGAAGUGCUGUUGCAAUGUCAGUUAAGCUUAUACAACCUGGAUCUUCCAAAAGGCGUCAAAGGCCACUAGAAGAAGAGUCAAUCCAAGAUUGGGAGAAAUUUUGUUUAAAACUGAAGAGUGUGUCUCAAAGUAAUCCUUCUUCGACGAUGAUGUUUUCUUUUGUAGAAGGAAGUUUUGUAACUGCUCUUAAAAAUGGUGAGUGGAUUUUGCUUGAUGAAGUGAAUUUGGCUCCUCCAGAAACCUUGCAAAGAAUUGUUGGUGUUCUAGAAGGGGAACAUGGUGUACUGUGUUUAGCUGAAAGAGGUGAUACGGAUUAUAUACAUCGCCAUCCAAAUUUCCGUAUAUUUGCCUGCAUGAAUCCAGCAACAGAUGCAGGGAAGCGGGAUUUGCCCUUUUCUUUGAGGAGUAGAUUUACCGAGAUUUUUGUUGAUGAUGUUUUGGAUGAUGAGGAUUUAAGUCUAUUUAUCAGUCAGUUCAUUAGUAGUGGCUAUAUGGAUCAACAGUUGGUGAAUAAAAUUGUGUGUUUCUAUAAAGAAGCGAAAAAGGAAUCUGAAGAGAGGUUGCAGGAUGGUGCUAACCAGAAACCUCAAUACAGUUUAAGGUCCCUUUACCGUGCUCUAGAGUAUAUGCGGAAGGCAGAGAGAAAAUUUGGAUUUCAAAAGGCUUUAUAUGAUGGGUUUAGUAUGUUUUUUGUUUCAUUGUUGGAUGGAUCCAGUGCUGAAAUAAUGAGGCGAAAAAUAUUAUCUCUUCUGUUAGGAGGGCAUAUGCCUCGAUUCGAGCUUUUUUCUGCCUAUUUGGAUUCCUCGAAAUCUGUUGGAUAUUCAGGGAAUUAUGUUCAAACCAAAACUGUACAGGAGCAUCUUGGGAAUUUGGCCCGGGCUGUUCUUAUGAGAUAUCCUGUCCUCUUACAGGGACCCACAUCUAGUGGGAAAACUAGCCUUGUUUGGUAUCUUGCUGCAAUAACUGGUCAUGAUUUUGUGAGAAUCAAUAAUCAUGAACACACUGAUUUGCAAGAGUAUCUAGGUUCUUACAUAACUGAUGCAGGUGGAAAACUUGUUUUUAAUGAAGGUGUUUUGGUUAAAGCUGUUAGAAAUGGUUACUGGAUUGUACUGGAUGAGCUUAAUUUGGCUCCAUCUGAUGUGCUGGAGGCAUUGAAUCGAUUACUUGAUGAUAACAGAGAGCUUUAUGUUCCUGAACUGCAAGAAAGAAUUCAAGCAAAUCCAAACUUCAUGCUUUUUGCCACUCAAAAUCCACCUACACUUUAUGGUGGUCGCAAAAUGUUGUCCCGAGCAUUUCGUAAUCGUUUUGUAGAGAUUCAUGUUGGUGAAAUACCUGAUGAUGAGCUCAGCAAAAUAUUGGCGGAGAGAUGUAAAAUCUACGUAGGUUAUGCUGAGAAAAUGGUUGAAGUCAUGAAGGAUCUUCGGUUGCACAGACAGAGUAGCAGAGUCUUUGCUGGUAAACAUGGAUUUAUAACACCUAGAGACUUGUUUCGCUGGGCCGAUCGUUACCAGAGAUUUGGUAACUCUUAUGAAGAUUUGGCCAAAGAUGGCUAUUUUCUUUUGGCAGAAAGGCUACGGAGUGAGGAUGAGAAGUUUGUUGUUCAAGAAGUUCUUGAAAAGCAUCUCCGGGUUAAACUAAACAUUAAACAGUUAUAUGAUCAGACAUUAUUUAGUGACCAUUCUUCCUCCAAUUUGAUUGCUGGUUUAGGAGCUCCAGAGAGUCUAGAAAGUGUACUCUUGACUAAAAGUAUGCAGAGGCUAUACUUCCUUGUGGAACGCUGCUUUGAUUUACGUGAGCCUGUACUGCUUGUUGGGGAAACAGGUGGAGGGAAGACUACUGUGUGUCAGUUAUUAAGUGCUUGUUUGCAGUUAAAAUUACACACAUUGAAUUGCCAUCAGUAUACAGAAACAUCUGAUUUUAUCGGGGGAUUCCGUCCAAUUCGAGAGAGAUCUACAUUGAUUUCUAAUUACAAAGAGCUCAUUGAGAGGUUGAAGAACCUGAAGGCUUAUUAUCCAUACUUCCCUGAGGACUUUAUUGUUUCUUCUGACAUAAAUCAUGCUUCUUCAACUCUUGAUAUGCUGAAUGGUAUGAUAAGGAAAUGUAAAGAAGGUCAAGUUUGUGGUUUGGAUGCCAGUGGAGAAGAUCUUAAUGCUCUUGAGCAAAUAAAGUUGGACCUCAGUGGCUUGCAUCAAAAGUGGCAGAGCAUAUUUGUGUGGCAGGAUGGUCCUCUUAUACAAGCAAUGAGAGAUGGUGAUCUCUUUCUUGUGGAUGAAAUAUCCUUGGCUGAUGAUAGUGUACUUGAGAGAUUGAAUAGUGUGUUGGAGCCAGAGAGGAUGCUAUCUUUGGCUGAGAAAGGUGGGUCUGAUCUUGAGAAGGUUACUGCACAUCCAAAUUUUUUCGUUCUUGCAACAAUGAACCCUGGUGGUGAUUAUGGUAAGAAAGAGUUAUCUCCAGCACUACGCAAUCGCUUCACAGAGAUAUGGGUUCCCCCUGUUAAUGAUCUAGAUGAGCUUCAAGGCAUUGCUCUUAAAAGAAUUUCGAAGUUUAAAGUUGCAGGCAAAUUAUGCUCCAUAUAUCAAGAAAGACUCUUGCUUAUUGUUAAUGCUAUGAUAAGUUUUUUCGAGUGGUUCAAUAAAUUGCAUCCAGGGAGAAUGCUUACAGUGAGAGAUCUUAUUUCUUGGGUGGACUUUUUUAUUGCAAUGGAAGAAAGCUUAGGGGCUGAAUAUGCACUUCUUCAUGGAGUAUUUCUUGUUUUGCUUGAUGGGUUAACUCUAGGGACAGGACUUUCAAAAAGGGAUGCUGCCGUGUUAAGGGAGAGAUGUUUAUCCUUUCUUCUGCAAAAGCUAAGGGUUGAUGAAAGUGAUUUACUACAUUCAAAACUUUCAAGAAUGAGUAACUACAGUUGGGGUGAAUUUGGCGCUAUUAUGGAUGUGUCAGAUAUUGAUAAUAAGCAAUAUGAUGAUUUAUUUGGCAUUGAUCCAUUCUAUAUCAGUAAAGGUAUUGGCAUUUGUGAGGAUAGUGGGUUUGAAUUCAAGGCACCUACUACUCGCAGGAACAGGAAUGCUUUGAGAGUUUUACGGGCUAUGCAGCUUCCAAAGCCUGUUUUACUUGAAGGUAGCCCAGGUGUAGGGAAAACUAGUUUAAUCAUUGCCUUGGGAAAAUGGUCUGGGCAUAGAGUGGUACGGAUAAACUUUUCUGAGCAGACUGAUAUGAUGGAUCUGUUAGGGUCUGAUUUACCUGUUGAAAGUGAAGAGGGAAUGAAGUUUUGUUGGUCUGAUGGGAUACUAUUGCAGGCCCUCAAGGAAGGCUGUUGGGUUUUGUUGGACGAGCUUAAUCUUGCUCCCCAAUCUGUUUUAGAAGGCUUGAAUGCAAUUCUUGACCACAGAGCUGAGGUGUUUAUACCAGAGUUGGGUAGUACUUACAAAUGUCCACCAUCAUUUAGAGUUUUUGCUUGUCAGAAUCCAUCACAUCAAGGUGGUGGCCGAAAAGGCCUUCCAAAGUCAUUCCUUAAUCGAUUUACCAAGGUGUAUGUUGAUGAGUUAGUUGAGGAAGACUAUCUAUCCAUUUGUGAAUCAAAAUUUUCAACUAUACCUAGACCUUUACUAUCAAAGUUAAUCUCCUUCAAUAAAAGGAUGCAUGAAGACACCACAGUAAAUCAAAAGUUUGCCAAGGAUGGCUUUCCAUGGGAGUUCAAUCUUCGUGAUGUAUUUCGGUCUUGUGAGAUAAUUGAAGGUGCACCGAAGCGCUCUGGAGUAUAUUCCUUCUUGAACAUUGUUUACAUUCAGAGAAUGCGUACGGAAGCUGAUCGUAAGGAAGUCUUACGAGUCUUCAAGGAGGUAUUUGAGGUGACACCAUUUAUAAAUCCAUAUCCUCGCGUUCUACUCAAUUCACAUCAUUUAAUUGUUGGGAAUGUGACUGUUAAGAGGAAUCAUGCUCAAUUAAGUAUGCCCUCAAGCAAACAGAUCCUGAUGCUGCCUGGAAUUCGUCAAAGUUUGGAAGCUGCUGCUCAAUGUGUUGAACAUCAAUGGUUAUGUAUCUUGACUGGGCCAUCGUGCUCUGGAAAAACAUCAUUGAUAAGAUUACUGGCUAACCUAACAGGCAAUGUGCUAAAUGAAGUAAAUCUUUCCUCUGCAACUGAUAUAUCUGAAUUAUUAGGAUCAUUUGAGCAGUAUGAUGCCUUACGUAAUUUUUCCAAUGUCAUUUCUCAAAUUGAGCGGUAUGUUAAUGAGUACGUAAGUUUGCAACUGGAGACUUCAAAUGAAGCAAUUUUCAGGGAAACAGAUUUAUAUAUCAGAUGGACUGCUUUUCUUUCUGGCUUGAAAUUUGAUAGCUUGUCAUCUUCUGCUUCAAAUUAUUUUGAGAACCAGAAGAGGAUAGUAUGUUCUGUUAGUUUGUUAGUUGAGAUCAUUGGACAACUAAAGUUGCAGAUAGAAAAUAGUUCUCUUCCUGUAUCUUACUCAUUCGAUGAACUUGAUUUGGCCAUGAAGAAAGUUUUGAAGAUGAAAGCGGAUGAUCAGAAAAGGGUUGUUUCAACCAAAUUUGAAUGGGUUACAGGAAUAUUGAUCAGGGCUAUUGAGCAAGGGGAAUGGAUUGUCUUGGAGAAUGCAAAUCUCUGUAACCCCACGGUUCUUGAUAGGAUUAACUCAUUGGUGGAACCUAGUGGAUCAAUCACAGUAAAUGAGCGUGGAAUUGUUGAUGGGAAUCCAUUGGUUAUUCAUCCUCACCCUAAUUUCCGCAUGUUCCUCACAGUUAAUCCCCACUAUGGUGAAGUUUCUCGAGCAAUGCGUAAUAGGGGAGUUGAAGUAUUUAUGCUGCAGCCAUAUUGGGCAUUAGACGAUACAAGUGGAUACAAUUACGAGGAUAUUGAAUUCAAAGAUGUCAGGAGGUUUCUUGUUUUAUUGGGUGUACCAGUUCCUCAUUUGGUUGAUGCAAUGGCUAGAGCUCACAUUUAUGCUAAAAUUGAAGGUUCAGAGCUUAAUUGUCACAUUACGUAUCUUGAACUUUCACAUUGGGUUCAUCUGUUUCUGCAGCUUCUCAAAAAUGGUUGUUGUGCUUUUUGGAGUCUACAGUUAAGUUGGGAGCAUAUAUAUCUGUCCUCGUUGGGUGUCGAAGGAGAGAGAAUAAUCAAUUUUGCCAAAACUGAAUAUUUAUCGAUUACUAAUUUGGCUGUGUAUGAUGAUGUUUUGAUGGCCUGUCCUUUGGGUUUGCCUGGAGGAUGGCCAUUGCCACUCAGUUUAAGGGAUUAUGUAUACUACUCAAAAGAAGCUUCUAUUAAGCAGAACUGCAUGUAUCUGGAAUUUCUGGGAACUCAGUUUGCAUCUCAUCAAUAUCGAACUGCUCGUAAGAGGCACUCAACAGCUUGUUUACAAACUUCCAGUGAUCAUGUGAGGAUGUAUUUGAUGGAUUUCUGGACUUUACGUGAACUAAUGUUUCCUAAGGCCUCAAAUGUGAUGAUUUCAGACUACAAAAAUGAGUGCAAAUUUGACUCAGAAUUGACAAAUAAGAUGCUAUUGUUUGCAGCCAAUUGGACGAUUGAACAAGCUACUAAAAGUGAUUUUAAGUUCUAUCUUCUCAGGUUUAAGUGGUUUAUUUCUCAGUUGCAGCCCUUCUGCCAGUUCUUUAAUAACUUCGUCAUACUGAUAGAGAAGAUGAUCAAGCAUCCUAUUUGGGAGUAUAUUUCAAGCCAUGAUAAACUGGAUGUUGAUUUGCAGUUAAUGCCAUUGUUGUCACUUGAUCUAGUCGAUUUGGCUCCAUCAAAUAGCAAAAUUAAAUCUCACUUGAAUGCUAUUAGUUGCUUUGAUCUACUAAGAUUAACUUACCAACAACGGAAUAUUGAGAGCCAGUAUAGUUUUGAUGAUGAAGCCAGUUGCUUUCUUCCACUUUUGAAGUCUCUUCAUGUUUUGCAAGAUGAAAUAAUUAACAAAUUUGUUGUUUCAUCUCCUAGGCUAAUUGAGGACCAAUCAUUUGAUUAUAAAGUACAGUUAUACUCUAACCUUAUCGAGGACCAUGUUUUAUUUUGGCAGUACCUAGUUUCUUCGAAGUUUGAUCAGAUGAUAAUUUCUUGGCAUUCUUUGGUGAAAGAUGCUGGAAAGUUUAAUGAUAUAUGUGGAGAAGCUGUAGAUGAUUUUUUGAUGGAGGGCAAAAAACUGGAGAAGUUUUCUCUUUCAGAAAAAUCCUUACUAUGGAUUCAUGGUGGUCACCCAUUUUUACCUUCUUCAUCUGAUUUACAUAAUCAACAGCAUCAACUUUUAAAAUUUGUUGAAACAAUUUGGCCAAGAAAGACAGGAUCAAACUAUCAAGGAAGUUUGAGCUGCAAUCUUAUUGAUGUUGUUGCAUCAUUUGAUAAUGGUCUUCGCUUCCUCGUGAUGCAAGAUGUCUCAAACUUAUCUUUUCUAAUGGCGAAAUGGAGUCAUGAGGAUGGUAUUCAUACUGUUAAGAAGUUGGAGGAGAUGCGUCAGAUGCUGUUAAGAAGGUUUGAACAUGAAAAACACAAGUUGAUAUUGAAUACAGGAUCCAAAGGCCUUUCCUAUUUUGCUGAAAAUUCAGAUGCCUGUUGUUCAUUUACACCUGAAAUGUUGUGUCAAAAAUCUGUAUUUGAGGCAUGGCAGGACACGUUUGUUCCAGUUGAUUAUACCAGUUUAUUCUGGGAUAUGGAUUUACUGCAGAAACUCACAUCAAUUCAUUUGGACGAUCUCGAAGGAUUACAUCAAGCCAUGGGACGACUAUCCAACCUUUUGGAUUUUUCUUUGAAAUUUUCAUUGAGUUUCUCAUCAAGGCCUCCCCAAAUGUUUUCGCCACACCAAAAGAUGUUGUGGACCCUGAAUGCAUGGGCAUCAAUGGAUGCAGUAAAUUUCAAAAUUGCAAGCUUCAUUGUGGAGAUGUGGUUUAAGUGGCAUGAAUCUAUUUGGGUAUGUUUCCCUAAAUUAGUUAAGAUUGAUGAUUUUGAUACCAUUGCUCAACCCCACAUGCUCACUGAGCCUUUUGGUGCAUCAACUGUGUUACAGAUCAUGAAAAGAACACAUGCUAUCAAUGAGUUUUGGGUGCAAUCUCUCAAGUGUAGGGUUACCUUGCUUAAUUUGUGGCAUUGCUCUCAUCAUGGAAUACAUAUGCCUAAUUUUCUUUUAGGUGCUUCUCGAUCUCUUUUCCAGCAGAUUAUUUAUGCACACAGGAAAUCUUUUGAUGGGGAACAAUUUGCUAGAAUCAAAUCUAUUUUUUCUUCUCUUGAGAAGAAUAUACAUACGGAAGAAAGCAUCUAUUUGCUCAGCUCUCUUGUAGCUUCAUCAAGACACUACAGGUUGAAAAACUCAGUGCAGAAGUUCAUAGUUCCACUGCUUAGAGAGCUGUAUCUUCAAUCUGAUAAGACUGAUUUCAAUUAUACAAUUGGUUGUGCAUGGACACACAUUGGAGCAUUACGCAUUCAUCUCUUGCUUAGCUGCUAUGACAUUGAUCCUGCCAUGAAGUACUAUUGCAAGUACUCUCAGCUUGUAGAAACAAUAUCAUCACUUGAACUUGAAAUUCAGGUACGAAAGGAGUGUGGUUAUUUUGCUGGACAGUUUCUGACACAAGAGGCUGACAAAAGAAAAGAACUAAGAAAGGAAAAGCUUCAGGCAGAGUGUCAAAAGCGGCAAAAAAAGAUUGUGUUUCGUGCUGAACCAUGGAAAUACAAGAAGUUGAUGAAUGAAUGUGAUGACUUUCUUAAGCUUGUUGAUGCUUUAGAAGUUUUGGUGAGACGGGGUGCUGCUGAGGAAUUACAACAGGCUGUUGAUCAUGCUUGCAGCUGGCAGGAAACAGCUACUUGUUUUAUUGAUCGAUUGAUGGAUGAGUACACUGAAUAUAACGACAUUAUUCAACCAAUUCAAGUUGCUGUGUAUGAGAUGAAAUUUGGAUUGUCACUGGUUCUGUCUAGUACUUGGGAAAAAGAUUAUUUGAAUAAGGUUGGGCAGGAAAAUAUCAAUGUCGUUAUGGAAAAUAUAUACACACUUAUGCGCUUCCCUCGUGCUGCUUCAUGCAAGUUCAUUUCUGUUAAUCAUGACAUUGGGUUGGACAUGCCUCCUUCAUACAGUUUAGAUUUUGCUCCAGGAUUUUAUUUGGUAGAUGUGGAUUUGAUGGAAAGGCUUGCUACACUUGCAAGUGGCAUUGCCGCUGAUAAGAAGGUAUCUGUGGUGCAAUAUAGAGCUGCUGUCUAUCGGAACAUUCUUGUUCAAAUAGCACAUUGUACAGCAAAUGCAAAAAUAAUUGAUGAUAAGUCUUAUAUGCUCUUGCACAAGAUAUUUGAUGAGUUUGCCAGACUUUGGUUGAAUACUAAAAUUUUUGCAAAGUCAAAGAGUGAUUUUGAUGCCCAACAGUACAAGUUUAAACCUCGAGCCUUCCAAAUUGAGAGUGUUAUUGAAGUUGAAAUACCAACUCUUGCAAAUUCAUGCGCACAGGAAGCAUUUUUGGAAUGGAAAGAAUUUUCUUGCGACGAAAAAGCUGCAGACAAUUUGGUAGGCUCUGAGGAAUGUUUCACAUUGGAUGAAGAAUGGAAGCAGCUGGAAGAGUCUAUCCUCAGCCAUGUGGUUCUCAUUCACAAUCAGUUAUUUGGAUCUAGUGAUCUAGUCCAGACUCCUGGAACUUUCGAAGUUUCUGAUGAAGAUCGAUUGCAUUCCUUUAGUGACUCGUAUACCUUGGGUGUCGAUUUAAUUAGAGGUGUCCACUCUACAACUUUGCCCAGUGUAGAUGCUAAGCUCAUGCCAGAGCACUUAUUUUACCUCUGUAUAGACUAUAGAAAGAAAUAUCUUUUGUCUCACAAAUCUGCUACCAGAUAUAAUUUUUACAAGGAUUCAAAUUCUCCUGAGAUGGUACAAAUGUUGAAAGUACUUGCACCUAUCCAACAACAGAUUCUUUCCCUUCUAAAUGAAUGGGAAGAUCAUAAUGAUCUUCGGAAAAUUUUGGAUGUAAUUGACAUGCUCUUGAGUCUCCCAUCAGACACCCCUUUAGCAAAGGUUUUUUCAGGGUUGCAAUUUUUACAGCACAAAGCUCAAGUUAUGCAAGAAAAUGGUUCAAAGUUCUCCUUCUCAAGUCAAUUUAAAUCUGUGGAUGAUUUGUUGUCAUCAUGGCAGAAGAUCGAACUGGACUCGUGGCCUGCAUUGCUUGAUGAGGUGAAGGAUCAAUAUGAGAAUAAUGCAGGGAAAUUGUGGUUUCCUCUGUACUCUGUUCUUCUACCUGGCUCUUGUGAUAUAUCAAUUAUCCAAAGCCUUGAAGACUUCAUUCACACGUCCAAUAUUGGGGAAUUCCACAAACGUCUUCAGCUUCUCUUUGCUUUCCUCGGUCAAAACCAUAUAAGUACAUCCUUGAAGAUUAAUUCCAGCCCCCGUCAGCUGGAACAGUCAACAUUACUGUACAAUAUCUUUGGAUUUUAUGUGCAGUUCUUACCCAUAGUAUUGAAGUACAUUGACGCUAGUAGGAAGGAAGUUGAGAUUGAAUUGAGCAAGCUAGUGAAACUAUGUCGGUGGGAGAAUGGCAAGAAUUAUAUAUCAAUUGAAAGUUUGAAAAAGGGUCGACAAAAGCUGAAGAAGCUUAUACAAAAGUAUACCGAUAUUCUGCAAGAACCUGUGUCAAUUUUCCUUAACCAAAAUGCUGCACAAAGAGAAGCAAAAGCACAUUCUUUUCAUGGGCAUAAGCUUAUUUAUGGUGUUCAAAAUAAGGGUUUGGUUGGUGGUGCUUUUGAUUUGACAUUGUUCAGUGAAAACAGGUUCAUGUGGUUUGACAAUUGUAGCGAGGGAUUAGACAGUGCUUUUCAGAACUUGCUGUUUAAGAAAACAUCAGUAUUGGAUGUUCUACCUUUACAUCAGAAAAGUGUUGAAGAAAUUCAAAGCAUAUUUAGACCUUGUGAUUCCCAGCGUACAAUUUACCUGAAGGGUUGGAAAGCUGUGUGGCAUAUGAUUGAAAAAAUAUAUAUUGCAGCAGUUGACUAUGGUAAUCUGUGGAAGGAGGAAAAAAAGGGUCAAGGGAAGAGAAGAGCUUUGUCUGAGCUUCUUAAGCUUUUAGAAAGCAAUGGGUUGUCUCGGCACAAGUCAGCAUAUACAGUGGACCAGGAUAAAACUUGGUGGUUCCUUCAGCUUUCUGGGAGCAUGCCGUAUUUACUGCUAACAAAUAGUAGAUUGCCAUUUGUAACCUCGGGAGUUGCUGCUGAAGUUGAAAACAAUAAUAGCCCAGAAGAAAGUUUGCUUAUGGAAUGGAAAACAGCCGUUGAUUAUUACUUCAGAAGCGUUGUGUCUGUGCUGCUUCUCCAACAGAUAUGCCUCAAUCCGCACAAAGAUAUAAGUCUUGAACAGGUUGACAGUUCUAGUUCAUUCGUCAACCAGCUUGUUCAGAUACAACAGAAGCAACUCAUUGCUGCCAGUGCAUUUGACAAGCAAUUGAAAUGCUUUAGAGAAUGUGUAUCUACUCUGGGAAAAUUGUUUUCAUUUUCCUCCUCCGCUGAUAACAAUACAAAUUAUAUGUGCUCUAUCAUUCCGAAACAGUUUGCUACUUAUAAGUGCAUGUGGCAACAAAAACAAUUAUUUGAUACUCUGUGUGCUACAUCACAUGAAGAAUUGCUUUUACUAAGGAUAUUAGAAAAUAGCCAUUUAAACACUUGUCUUAGAGCAAGACCUGUAGCCAGUCAAAUGAUUGCUUCCAUUGAAGAAUUUUUACCAAUGUUCUGUAAAUCAAAGGAAUCAUUGGAUUGUUAUCUAAUUGGGAGGACCAAAGCUGUCACUGCACUGAAUUCUUCCUCACAUCAUUGCAUUGUUACUCAAGAAAUGGAGCAGCUGGUAUCUGAAAAUUUCAAGACUAUUAGGGAUUUUGUGGAUCGUUUUUUCGAAUCACAGGAGCAAGACUUAGAUAGAAGCACAGUUAAGAAAGUUCUGAUUCAGAAUUUCCGAGAAAUAACUGAGAAGGCAGAAUUAAUUGAGGAAGAGUUUACAACAGCAAUAAAGGGAAGUAAUCAAGUAGAUUUAUCUGAUGAGGAUAGGUUUUGUGAAAGGAACACCAUGGAGCUCAAUGCCAGGUUCAAUGAAGCGAUUAUGUCUUCUUAUCAGCAUCUUGCAACCAUAUUGCAGAACUUAUGUUUGUCAAGCAAUAUUCCCAUGGUCGAAGACUCAAUGAUAAAAAUUGUUUCAUGGGAAUCACUGUUUGAGUCGUUUGUUACAAAUCUUAGCUUGGACAUUUUGUGUGAGAAUCUUUCCACAGCAAUUUCUUUUGGGGAGAAGUUGGUGAAUCAUUGCGAUGAUAAAAUCAAUACUUGUUCACGUGUAGGAGCCCAUUUUAGAAAUCUACAUAUUUUCAUGGAUCAAUUACUAAACUUUGGCGAUGAACUCAUGAAAAAUUUCUUAGCCAUGCACAAAUCAGUGUCAGUGACAACUCAUGUGAUUGCAAAUAUUUUAGCUUCUUUAUUUUCGGAGGGCUUUGGAAUUUCUCCUGAAAACCAGGAUGAUGAUGGAACCCACAAUACAUCUAGAGAUGCAAGUGGGACAGGCAUGGGAGAGGGUGUCGGAUUAAAUGAUGUCAGUGAUCAGAUUGCUGAUGAAGAUCAGCUGCUGGGAACACGCGAGCAGGAAAAUGAAAUGCAAGAUGACACCAAUGAAGUGCCAAGUAGCAAUAAUACAGGAAUUGAGAUGGAACAAGAUUUUCAGGCGGAUGCACUGAGCCUUAGUGAGGACUCUGGAGAAGAUGAUGAUAUUGAUGGUGAAAAUGAGGAACUUGAGUCUGAAAUGGGACCCACUGGACCAGACAGUGAAGCAGUGGGUGAGAAAGUUUGGGAUAAGAAUGAAGAUGAAACUCCUAAUGAUACAAGAGAAAAGUAUGAAUCUGGAGCUUCGGUUAAGGAUAGAGACGGAGGAAACGAGUUAAGAGCCAAGGAUGACUCUACCACUAAUGAACCUGGGGAUGGUAAUUGUGAUGAUGGUGAUGCUCAGGAUGAUGAAACUGUAGCCCCAGAUGAUGUAGGUGAUGGAGAGGAUGCAGAUGAGGUGACUAUGGACAAAGAGAUGGCGUAUUCAGAUCCUACUGGGUUGAAGCCUGAUGAACCGGAUCAAACUUCUGACCUGGAUGUGGAUUUGGAUGUAAAGGAAGAUUCUGAUCUCUUGGAAGAUGGAGAACCUGAUGAUCAAGGUAAUUCUGCUGAGAAUGCAAAUGAAGGGAUGCAGGAUGAAGAGACCUGCUCACCUGAUGAAGUUAUGGAAGAAGCGCAUACCGAAGUUGAUAUGAACUCCAAAGAAGAUGAUAUCGAUCAGGACCAUCAAGAUGGUGCAAACAUGGAUUUCACUACUGAACCGAAGAAAGAUGACUCUAAAUCUUCUGAGUUGAUUAAUGAGCAAGUUUCUCCUGCUGAAUUAGCAUCACAGUCCAAAGUGGAUAGGCUGACAUCUGGUUCUGAAAAUGUAGCAGCAGAGUCGAAUUUAUUGAAUAGCCAUGGAGACUUUGACCCUACUCUGUUGGGAGGCUUGCCUUCUAGUAGUAUGUCUGAGAUGGAUGUUACGAUGUCUGACUCAUCAAAAAGUGGUGGAUUUGGUGAAAAUCAACCCAAAUCUCAGCAUCCACAGAUUGACUCAUUUAUUCAGGAGAAGCAUACUAAUCCUCAUCGAAGUAUAGGUGAUGCACUUGAAUAUCAGAGAGAAAGAAUUAAUGUAUCUGGUGAUUUUCAAGAUGAUAACAAUGAGAAGCAGAGUGAGAUGGAAGAUGAGAAUGCUGAUGAGUAUGCCUAUGUUUCUGAAUUUGAUAAAGGCACAACUCAGGCUCUGGGGCCUGCAACCCUGGACCAGGUAAAUAGAAACAUUGAUGGUGAUAAGCUUGAUAAAGAAUGUCUUGCUGGAGAAGAUGCAAAGAGUCAGUUUGAGAAAGAAAAAACAGAAAUGAAUUCUUUAAAUAAUUCUUCAUUAAUCCCUAAAAAUGAAAAAAAGGAGCAAGUGAAUAUGUCAGGCAUGGAGAAGUUGCAAGAUGAUGGAUCAGUGAAUCGGUUUGCUAAUGUGAACAUUGAUUUUGAAAACCGUUUGGAAGAUUUGGUUUCUUUCGGAAGUUCACACAUGAUUGAUAGCACAGAUAGUCUGUGUCAGCUUUCUCUGCAUGAUAAAGACUUGGGUAAAGUACAAGAUCCUUGUGAUGUUCCUGACCACGUGAAAGAUAAUGCUAGUCUUUUGUGGAGAAGGUUUGAAUUUAGCACAACAAAAUUGGCUUUUGAAUUGGCUGAGCAAUUGCGCCUUAUAAUUGAGCCCACUGUAGCCAGCAAGCUCCAAGGAGAUUAUAGAACUGGCAAAAGGAUAAAUAUGAAAAAGGUAAUUCCUUACAUAGCAAGUGAUUAUAGUAAAGAUAGAAUAUGGCUUCGGCGGACCAGACCCAACAAACGUGAUUAUCAAGUUGUUAUAGCCAUUGAUGAUUCACGUAGUAUGUCAGAGAGUUGCUGCGGUGAUGUUGCUAUCGAAGCUUUGGUCACAGUGUGUCGUGCCGUCUCUCAAUUGGAAAUGGGCAGUUUGGCAGUUGCUAGUUUUGGGACAAAGGGAAAUAUCAAGUUACUGCAUGACUUUGACAGACCAUUUACUGGAGAGGCUGGUGUUAAAAUGGUCUCCAAUUUGACAUUUGAGCAAGAAAAUACCAUCACUGAUGAACCGGUUGUUGAUCUAUUGAAGUACUUAACUAACAAGUUAGAUAGUGCAGUUGUAAAAGCACGGCUUCCAUCUGGACAUAACCCUCUACAGCAAUUAGUUUUAAUAAUUGCAGAUGGUCGGUUUCAUGAAAAGAAAAAUUUGAAGCGAUAUGUUAGAGAUGUGUCAACCGGUAAUCGAAUGGUUGCUUUCUUGCUUCUGGAUAAUUCUGAGGAGUCAAUUAUGAGUCUUGAGGAAGUUUAUUUUGAGAGUGGAAAACCAAAAAUUUCCAAGUACAUGGAUUCUUUUCCCUUUCCUUACUAUAUUGUUCUGAGAAACAUUGAAGCACUGCCUAGGACUCUUGCAAACUUAUUGAGACAGUGGAUGGAGCUUAUGCAGCAUUCAAGUGGUUGAGGACUUUUAUUGAGCAGCUUCUACUUUGAGGAUCAUUUUAGGGGAGAUGGUCUAUUCCUUAUUUUGUUUGUAGAAGGACCUAUAUGUAUAAGUUUUGUACAGUUCUAAAAUGUAUAGAUGCUACUUAUUUGACUAAUUAAAAAUAUCAUGUUAGCUGUAUAAAUUGUGUAGUAAUCUUUCAUCAGUGUCUUUAAACAAUGUUUACAAGAUCAUUUUGUGA